CCAGCAGCAUCCCUCGCCACAAUUGACAUAUGGAUGCGGUCGUCGCCGGGCACGGGCAGCACGCGAGGCGGCGGAUCCCGUCUCUGGAGCCGCUCGUGAUGGCCGCGUCCCCGACGACGCCGGCCGCGUUCCGCUGCCCGAUCUCGCUCGAGGUCAUGCGGUCGCCGGUGAGCCUCCCCACCGGCGCCACCUACGACCGGGCCUCCAUCCAGCGCUGGCUCGACUCCGGCCACCGCACCUGCCCGGCCACGCGCCUGCCCCUCGCCUCCACCGACCUCGUGCCCAACCUGCUCCUCCGCCGCCUCAUCCACCUGCACGCCGCCACGCUGCCCCCCUCGCCCUCCCCCGAGGAGGCGCUCUCCCAGCUCGCCGCCUCGCACGGCGAGCCCGCCGCCGCCGAGAAGGCCGUGCGCUCGCUCGCCGCCAAGAUCGCGCCGGGGAAAGGGAAGCAGGCCUCCGUGGCCUCCGCCGUCGCCGCCGAUCUCGACUCCACCGUGCCGGCGCUCCUCUCCUUCGCCAAGGGAGGCGCCGGCACCGACGCGCGCGUCGACGCGGUCAGGAUCCUGGCCACCGUCGCGCCGGAGAUCGUGUCUUACCUGACCGGGGACGGCACGGAGAAGCGUGGACGCGUCAGGAUGGCCGUGGAGGCCCUGGCCGCCGUCCUGUCCGCGGGCGGAGUUUGCGAGGAUGCCAAGAAGGCCCUCAUCACCGCUCUCGUGGCCGGCGACCUGGGGCGCCUCGUCACGACGCUGCUCGCCGCAGGCCCCACAGGCGUCGUGGUUCUCGAGGCGAUCCUGACGUCCCCCGUGCCGGACGCCGACGCCAAGACCGCCAUCGCCGACAGGUCGGAGCUGUUCCCGGAUCUGGUGAGGAUCCUCAAGGAGGCCGCGUCGCCGGCGGCUAUCCUGUGCAUGGUCGCGGCCGUGCAGGUACGCGGGCGGCCCGCCCGUUCGUCGAUGGUGCGGGCCGGCGCCGUCCCCGCGCUCGCCCUGGCCGUGGCGGCCGCGCCCACGGCCGCGGCGGAGUCCGCGCUCAUGCUGCUAGUAGAGGCGGCCCGCUGUAACGACGGCAAAGCAGCCAUCGCGGCCGACGCGGCGGAGGUGGCGGCAGCCGUGAUGGGGAGGAUGAUUCGGGUCGGGCAAAUGGGGCGCGAGGCCGCGGUGGCGGUGCUGUGGCUGUCCUGCUGCGCCGGCGGCGGCGAGCGGAGGAUGAGGGAGGCGCUAGCGGCCGCGCCGGAAGCGGUGGGGAAGCUGCUCGUGGUGAUGCAAGGGGAUGUCUCGCCGGCGACGUCCAGGAUGGCCGGCGAGCUGCUCAGAGCGGUGAGGAUGGAGCAGGAAAGGAACGGCAUGGUCGCCUCCUCCUACGACAGCCGUACCAUCCAUGUCAUGCCUUACUGAAGCUAUCCACCUUGUAUACUCAGUAGCAUGUAAAUUUAUCGAGCUAACCUCCGGCGGCAAUGGCCGGAGGGAACAGUCUUGCAGAAGGGUGUUGCUUCCAUUGGUGAAAUCGCUGUGCAAACUGAAAUAAGAGUUCAUAGCCUAAAACUGAAAUAAGAGUAGAAAAACCGACCACUCUACUGCAGAUUUUUUUUU